CAUCCGGAGACUAGGAUGGACUUGCUGUCAUUUAUUGACCUAUCUACAUCCUUUGUACUGAUCCUGUUAGCAAGUUUCUUGUUUUACCUAUACGGAAUUUGGCCCUACGGAGUGUGGAAGUCACUGGGUGUUGAUGGACCCAAGCCUUCACCUUUCAUUGGCAACCAGUAUCAACUGGCUACAGAGGGAGCAGUGCCAUUUAUUCAAAAAUGGUCGAAGAAAUAUGGUCGCACAUUUGGCAUAUAUUGUGGACGUCUGCCGAUGCUGGUAACCACAGACGUUGACAUUCUAAAAGAAAUUCUUGUGAAAGAUUUCAACAAGUUUGCAGACCGAUUUGAGAAUGUUGAGACUUUUCCAAAGGAAGUUCAGUCGAUGUUGGCAUUUACCACAGGCGGACAAUGGAAAAGAAUUCGACACAUACUCACACCUACCUUUAGUACGGGAAAAUUGAAGCAGAUGGAACACUAUAUUCAACGCUGCUGCAUCCAGCUGACGAACAACAUAGAGGAGGCUAUUCGGAGAGGUGAAAAGAUAGAUGUCAAAAGAGUCUGUGGUGGCUACACCAUGGACGUGAUCGCCGGCACGGCGUUUGGUGUGGAAGUGAAUUCUCAGAAAGACCUCGACCAUCCAUUCGUCAGAGAUGCAGGGACAUUUUUGACAGACAUCCUCUCCCAAGGGGAUUUUUUGCUCUUACUUUCAAAGGCCAUUCCAGUUCUGGUUCCGUUUAUAAAUUUUCUGGUUAGACAUUUCUUUCAACCAAGAGGAUACAAGUCAUUCAUAAGAAACGUUGAGCGCAUUAAAGAAGAAAGACAACUGGAGGAAAAUAGAAAUAAGAAACCUGACUUUCUCCAGUUAAUGCUGAGCUGCGAAGAAAACCAAAGUCCAAACAAAGAUCGAAUGAAUGUUUUGUCAAGUGUUGAACUCAUCGCACAAGCAUCAGUUUUUUUCAUCGCUGGCUACGAAUCAACAGCAUCCACCCUGCAGUUCAUGGCCUACCUCCUGGCGCUGCACCCGGAGGUACAGGAGAAGAUUGUGAGGGAAAUCAAGGACAGGCUUGGCGAUGAGAUACCUGAUCACGAUGGGAUUUUGAAGUUGAAAUACCUGGACAGCGCCAUCCACGAGACAUUGCGGCUGUAUCCUCCCUUCUACUUCACUGACAGGAUGGCAUCUGAAGAGGUCACUAUCAAAGGCGUUACAAUCCCUAAGGGAGCUGGAGUUAUGAUUCCUAUCGCCAACGUGAUGAGAGACCCGGAGUACUUCCCUGACCCUGACAACUUCAUACCUGAGCGGUUUUACGAAGGCAGCGUCGAUCCCAUCUCCUUCUUGGCAUUUGGGUUUGGUCCUCGUCUGUGUCUUGGCAUGCGUCUGUCUCUGCUGGAGGUGAAGAUGGCCAUGGUGCACGUGCUGAGGAGAGUGAAGUUUGUGAAGACAGACGACCUACAGGAAAGUCUGAAGAUGAAGCCUGGCUAUGAUCUGACCAUUCCAGACCGAGUGAUUGCCAUCAAAGCUGUCAUGCGAGACAUAGCUGCCACAGGUUAGACACAGUCAAGGGCCCAGCAAGGAAACACAAUGCAACAGAUACUGACUUUUAGAAGUAUUUCUCCUAGCCUGUAACACGAUAAUAACAGCUAGGAAACCACCACCACCACCACCCAAUUGCUUAUUUUACAGAUUUUUAUUCCAUGAUUCGCAAGUACUCGAAAAAUGAAAUACAUACAAAAUAACAGUAUACGUAUUGACGAAAACCACACACACAUCUGUUAAUUACGAGUUACAGCUUUCGUGAUCGGCAGGACACUUUCCAGCAAAUGUUAGGUAUUUUGUAUAUUUUUUAAGAAGACUUUUAAUGGGAUUUUUCUUAUGAAUGUUUUAGUACGUGUAAAAAAUAAAACAUAAUUUGCUUAACUGAUGAGUGUGUGUUAAGGUUUACCUACAUAUAAAUUGUGUAUGCACUUUUCGAUUUUAUUGUGCCUCUUAGUUACUCUUUUUUUGGUUUCUUAUAAACAAGUGCACAGCAUAAAAAUCACAAUAAAAUAAUGCAACAUUUCA